AUGACAACAAUUCCUAAUCAAAGUCAGGGUGGCAAGAAGCAGAACGCUACCGAGUUCAGCGCAGAUAUAUUGUUUGCAAUGAAGCAUGUGGAACCUUUUUCCAAAGUCAACGGAGAGUGCUGGCACGAUCUUUUUCGAAGCGGUGUGGUCGUUGAAGGCUUCCCAAUAUCCCGACGACCUGAAGUAGGGACAGUGAAAGGUCUUGAUAUUCUACUUCCUAUGAUGGCUCGCCUUGCACAAGCAAAUUAUGUGAACACCUUUCUGGGGAGUGUGGUCAUCAAAGGAUUUUCUUCCAUGCUUAUCCCAACUGAGAAUCAUAAAGAGAUGAUUGUGUGGCAUUUGGUUCACAACAGAAACGGCGAUCGAAUAUCAUACCUCGACAGCACAGCGCUUCCUGUUCAAGAAUUGUCACCCUCUCUGCUAUCACAGGCCCGUCACAUUCUAGGCUGGUGUACAAGUGUAAAACAUCUUGCAGGUAUGAUUUGUCGAAAUCUCUAUGCUUCUUCUACUAACACGCAUAACUUUUUAGGCACACGAGAUGCAGCGUAUGGCAUAUCAGGCUCCCAUCUUCCAAGGCUACGUGAUGAUGGACUUCUCAGCCAGGCGUUCAUUUAUAAUGGACAGAUGAUAAAAAGCGGUGCAGCCUUCUUAGUGGGGUACAAAGAUACCCCACUUCAUGUUUCUAGAGGUGGUUACCUUCGGAAACUGAGAUGGUUCGUCCAAAAGUCCGUUGUCCUCUGGGACGAAGAAGCAAAGCGAGGGUGGUUACUGAAUGGAGCGAGCGCCCUCCUGCAUCUCGUGCGUUCCUCGAUCCUGCAUGAUAUCAAGGGACCCUUCAGUUCAGAGUGUCAUUUCAAGUGGGAAAAUUUUGAAGAGGGAACGGUUGAUCCAAAAAACGCGUCCGAGUUUGCUAUUGCGGUUCUUUUGAACCACAAGAAUCGGGCCCUCACGAUCUAUGAAGGCAAAGACGAUCACGUCAAGUUUGAAGAUCGAGUUACACAUUUCUUGAAUAUUUUUGAGCAGAUAUUCGAUUACCAGGUACAUGCUGCCGGGCCAGAUGGUAGUGGAUACCGUACGAAGGCUAUUUCCAGAGCCCAUUUCGAAGGCUGGGACUUUCACGAUCUCGCCACAGAACUAGACCCGCUCCAUCCACGACGAGCGACCUUUGAGUCCAAGGGAAAGGCAUGGGUUGAUUUCACACGGUCAAUUCACGCAAUCAAUCUUCUAGGCCGCAAUUUUGGUGAGAUUCUGGCACCGUCGGACAUAUCCUGUUCACACUGGGCUUCACUUCCCAAGGAUCAGUACUAUCUGGCCGUCGGGAUAUCAGAUCUAAGGAUGGUUCUUGAAUAUACGGGAGACCUCACGACAAAUCCCAUACGUCUGAGUGAGAAUCUCGUAUGGCACAACUCAGAUACGGUCUUUGAACCAUGUGGCUGCGCUGGUACCACCGCAGAUCACGCCGAUAUAGUACAGGUGAUAUUUCCAGACACGCUAUCAGCUAAUCUAGAGACCUGUUCUCAUACUGCCAACUUAUCACACCAUGGAGCAGUUGUCUUUGGAUGUAAUCGUAACUUCCAGUGGCGAUGGGGUGAUACCGGAAAUCCUGAAAGGGACGAAAUCACGAACUAUCAAAGAACCCCGCUUGCCCGAACCAUUGAGAUCAAAAGCACGAACGCUAGCUCACUUUCGAUGGGCUCUGGCAGUGAUGUCCUUGACCUAUCCAGCUCCCAAAUCGAUUCAACGUCCACAGAAAUCUCUAUCGACAGUGCAGCCGUGGAGAAUGAGCCAGUGUGCCCAAAGCCCCUUGUCCGAUCUUAUACCAGGUGGCGAUUGGAGUCACUCAAACCCGAGGACUAUGCUGUUGGUAUUGUGUGUGCGCUACCCUUAGAGCUCUUGGCGGUUCGCGCUUUAUUCGAUCAAACCCACCCCGAUCUCCCUUUGUCUCCUGCGGAUUCAAAUCAUUACGCUCUAGGCAGCAUGGAAGGACACAAGGUUGUUGCUGCCUGUCUUCCAGACGGAGAGUAUGGCACGAAUUCUGCGGCGGAUGUUGCAGCCAAUUUGAGAAGAAGCUUUCUCUCGGUAAAGUUCUGCCUAUUGGUGGGCAUUGGUGGUGGUGUUCCAUCGUCAAGGAACGAUAUCCGCCUCGGCGAUGUCGUUGUUAGCAAGCCGAAUAGCAUGGGCCCCGGUGUGAUUCAGUACGACAUGGGCAAAGCCCUCGAAUACGGCGAGUUUCAGCGAAGUGGAUUUCUCCAGCCACCUCCUCGACUGUUAAUGACUGCACUCAGCAGUAUGAAAUCUGAUCCCGAGAUAUCGCAAGUUCCUCUGCAGGGCUACAUUCAAGAAAUCGCAGCUCGCAGGCGGGAGUACCGCUACCCUGGCCCAGAACACGAUCGUCUAUUCCCCAGCCAUUAUGUGCAUGAUGCCAAGCACGCCACUUGCGAUUUUUGCAACGCAACAUAUGUCAUCAAACGUCCCAGUCGAUCAGACUAUCGCCCGCAAAUUCACUAUGGCCUCAUCGCAUCAGGCAAUCGAGUCAUGAAAGACGCAAAACUUCGCGACAGGUGGAGUAUGGAGAGAGAUGUGCUUUGCUUCGAGAUGGAAGCAGCGGGUAUCAUGAAUACUUUACCUUGUCUUGUUAUCAGGGGCAUAUGUGAUUACUCGGAUAGUCACAAGAACAAGCGCUUUCAGGGAUAUGCGGCGGCAACGGCUGCAUCGUAUGCGAAACUCUUGUUGUCCUAUAUGAAAGAUAGCAGUGACUUAUACGGGGCGGUGCUCCGGUCAACGAAGGAGGAUAAAAGUCUUUUGGGUGUUUUUCGUAAGAUUUUGUCAUGA